AGAGAGUGAACAGCCGUCCAGCAUCCCGCCGCAGCCAUGGCCCCUGGCACCGCCUGUGUUCUCCUACUCACCCUGUGGGCCCUCCGCGUGUCCGGCCAGGGCCAGAUUCCUCUAGGCGGAGACCUUGCCCCGCAGAUGCUGCGCGAGCUGCAGGAGACCAACGCUGCGCUGCAGGACGUGCUCGAGCUGUUGCGGCAGCAGGUCAAGGAGAUCACAUUCCUGAAAAACACCGUGAUGGAGUGUGACGCGUGCGGGAUGCAGCCUGCGCGCACGCCGGGCCUGAGCGUGCGGCCCUUGUCCUACUGCGCGGCUGGCUCCUGCUUCCCUGGCGUGGCCUGCACUGAGACCGCGAGUGGCGCGCGCUGUGGCCCCUGCCCCGCGGGCUUCACCGGCAACGGUUCGCACUGCACCGACGUUAAUGAGUGCAACGCCCACCCCUGCUUUCCCCGCGUCCGCUGCAUCAACACCAGCCCGGGGUUCCGCUGCGAGGCUUGUCCCCCGGGGUACAGCGGCCCCACCCACGAAGGCGUGGGACUGGCCUUCGCCAAGGCCAACAAGCAGGUUUGCACGGAUAUUAAUGAGUGUGAGACCGGGCAGCAUAACUGCGUUCCCAACUCGGUGUGCAUCAACACCCGGGGCUCCUUCCAGUGUGGCCCGUGCCAGCCCGGCUUCGUAGGCGAUCAGGCAUCUGGCUGCCGGCGGCGCGCGCAACGUUUCUGCCCUGACGGAUCGCCCAGCCCUUGCCACGAAAAGGCUGAUUGUGUCCUGGAGCGCGACGGCUCCCGGUCCUGCGUGUGUGCAGUCGGCUGGGCUGGCAACGGACUCCUCUGUGGCCGGGACACUGACCUGGACGGCUUCCCGGACGAAAAACUGCGCUGCUCCGAGCGCCAAUGCCGCAAGGACAACUGCGUGACGGUGCCCAACUCAGGGCAGGAGGACGUGGAUCGCGAUGGCAUAGGAGACGCCUGCGACCCUGAUGCCGAUGGUGACGGGGUCCGCAACGAAGAGGACAACUGCCCCCUGGUGCGGAACGCAGACCAACGCAACUCGGACAACGAUAAGUGGGGUGAUGCGUGCGACAACUGCCGGUCCCAGAAGAAUGACGACCAGAAGGACACAGACCAGGAUGGUCGGGGCGACGCCUGCGACGACGACAUCGAUGGAGACCGGAUCCGAAACUCAGCAGACAACUGUCCCAGGGUGCCCAACUCAGACCAGAAGGACAGUGACGGUGAUGGUGUAGGGGAUGCCUGUGAUAACUGCCCUCAGAAGGACAACCCAGACCAGAGGGAUGUGGACCAUGAUUUUGUAGGUGAUGCUUGUGACAGCGACCAAGACCAGGAUGGGGACGGACACCAAGACUCCCGGGACAACUGCCCCACAGUGCCCAACAGUGCCCAGCAAGAUUCAGACCACGACGGUCAGGGUGACGCCUGUGAUGACGAUGAUGACAAUGAUGGAGUCCCUGAUAGUAGGGACAACUGUCGCCUGGUACCCAACCCACGCCAGGAGGAUGCAGACAGGGACGGCGUGGGUGACGCGUGCCAGGGUGAUUUCGACGCGGACAAGGUGGUAGACAAGAUUGAUGUGUGUCCGGAGAACGCCGAGGUCACCCUCACGGACUUCCGGGCCUUCCAGACUGUUGUGCUGGACCCCGAGGGCGACGCUCAAAUUGACCCCAACUGGGUGGUGCUCAACCAGGGGAUGGAAAUCGUGCAGACGAUGAACAGCGACCCAGGCCUGGCUGUGGGAUACACGGCCUUCAAUGGCGUGGACUUCGAGGGCACCUUCCACGUGAACACAGCCACGGAUGACGACUACGCGGGUUUCAUCUUCGGUUACCAGGACAGCUCGAGUUUCUACGUGGUCAUGUGGAAACAGAUGGAACAAACGUACUGGCAGGCGAACCCCUUCCGUGCUGUGGCCGAGCCUGGCAUCCAGCUCAAGGCUGUGAAGUCCUCCACGGGCCCCGGGGAGCAGUUACGGAACGCGUUGUGGCACACAGGGGACACAGAGUCCCAGGUGCGGCUGCUGUGGAAGGACCCCCGCAACGUGGGCUGGAAGGACAAGACGUCCUACCGCUGGUUCCUGCAGCACCGGCCUCAAGUGGGCUACAUCAGGGUGAGGUUCUACGAGGGGCCCGAGCUGGUGGCUGACAGCAACGUGGUCUUGGAUACAACCAUGAGGGGCGGCCGCCUGGGGGUCUUCUGCUUCUCCCAGGAGAACAUCAUCUGGGCCAACCUGCGCUACCGCUGCAACGACACCAUCCCUGAAGACUAUGAGACCCAGCGGCUGCAGCGGGCCUAGGGA